AUGAGUGACGUCGCCGACCAGAUCAAAGACGGCAACCUAAUACUGACGGCCAGUCCGUUCUCCAACAUCGGCAAGCAAGACGUACUCAAAAGCGCCGUCGACGUGCCAGCCACCGCAUAUAGAAUGUGCAAUCCAUCGUCUCAUAAUAAUUCAUUAACUCAAUUCUCACCUAUUGGAAAUUCCAUAAAACCAGGUAUACCGAAAUUGUCAGCCCAUGAAGUUGUAGAUGAACAUGGUAUUUGUCCUGUAAUAUUACAUCCUAAUAAGCAAUUGAGUUCACAAGUUCAGAUGAAUAGUGAUGCACUUAUAAAAACAAUUGGAUUUGCACCUGCACGAUCUCAAAUGACAGCUCAAGCGCAAAGCCGUAUUGUUACAACAUCAUUGCAACGUUCUAUUAUGGAAUCUCAAAAUGUUUCCCCACUUAUAAUAACACCUCCAUCGCAUGUUAUUCACUCGGCUAAUGAAAUUGUUCCUGCUAAAAUUGUUCCAAUACCAUCAGCGCCUGCUGUAUCACAUUUUUCUGUAAUAAAUAAGACAGGUUCUUAUGAUAAUAUACCGGAAUAUACGGGUAUGCGACAAAGUUUGGUGUCUGGCACACCACCAGUUUAUACUCAGAGUGAUUUUGCUCGUUUUCCUCCAAAAAGUUACCACCAUAAAAAUGCUGUUGUUAAUCCUGCAGUUAUUCAUGGUCCCAUUCCUGGAAUUAUUGAUGAGCCAUGUAUAAAUAUACCCAAUAGUCAACAUGUGUUUAAACCAAUUAUUUCACCUAGGCCUAGUAUUUUAAGGAAGCGUGAUGCAGAUGGUGUACUCAGGGCGCAAAAAAAUCUAAUACCAAUUUUAACCAAACCAGACAUUGAAGAAUGUCAUAAUAUGGACGAUACACCACUAAACAGAAAUGGAUAUAGUGAAAGUGGUUUACAAUUAGAAUCAAUUAUGGUACCACAAAUACCAGAGGUAAGAUUACUACCUCAAAUUGCUGAAAUAACUAGGCAAUCACACAUAUUGGUUGAAAUCAGUCCACGGAAAAAACCUCGUAAACAGUUACUCCCUGUUAAUCAAGAAGAUAGUCCGUUCAAAAUAGUUGGUGAUGAUAUGGAGUAUGUGGAUGAGAAAUUAUUGAAAAUUGAAAAAUCUGAUGAUUUUCCUGAUGAUGAUUUAAAUUGUAAUGAUGAUUUAAUUGAUGGCGAUGCUGAGGAUGAAGCCGAAGACGAUUUGGAUGAUAUGGAUGUUGAUGAUGAUUGUCCAGCAGAUGAUGAUUAUGAUGACGAUGAUGAUGAUUUUGGGAACGAUUUUGGAGAUGAUUUUGAUUAUGUUAAAUCAGAUAAAACAUUCUUCGAUGAUGUUAAAACAUCAGUAGAAGUCAGUGAUGAAAGUUCAGCUUGCAUUAAACCUAAAAAUAAACGACCAACAUUAUUGGGUAGUUAUAAGAAUACGUGGCGGGGACACACUCACCAUUUUCAAAGGUACACUGAUUUUAAAAUUAAAGAAACCAAAAAGCAAUUAGCUGAUAUGCAGCAAGCAAAAAAAUGGACGUCAGAUAGCAUAUCAGGAUGGAGAGUUCGGCACUUACUAAAUCAAUUCGAUGGAAUGAUAAAUAUCGAAGAAGAAAUUAUUGGAAAAAUGAAUGAACUUAUAUCUGAAUUUGAAACGAGUAUUAAAGAUAUUAGGACAUGCCAUAAUCUUGUUGAGCUCGUUAAAGAUAAUAUUCAAAGGAGCAAAGUGUCGAAAAGUCAAUUAGAGGAAAUUAGACAACAAUUAAAAAAAAUUUUUGACUAUAAAACAUUAAUUGAUGAUGUGGUUGAUAAACAUUGUCCCAAAGACCUUAAAAAGAAAUAUACAAAAGUAUUAACUCUUAGCAAAUCUUAG